AGCAACAUACGGUCCACAAAUUUCUGUAAGAGCUGUCAAUGGACCCGACAUAUAAAGGUUUUGGCUUUUUGUGAGGAAAUGAAGCCAAAGAGAGAAUCAAGAGGAGAGACUACGAUUCACUUACAAUAAGAUUUCUCAGCUUUUCUAAGGGAAAGGCUAAACCUAUGGACUUGGCUCUUCAUUUUCCUUCGUUGAUCAAACAAGAAUUCACGAGAGCCAAUCAUCUUCACGUUCGAGAUUCUCUUUCGACGAGCUUUGGGCAGAGUUUUUCAAGAGCAGCGUUUGAUGGUGAUAGAAGAAGCUGGCAUGGAGAAAAGGCUUGGUCUUCCUCUUUAACUUGGAGAUCAAAGAAAGGAUAUGUUGUUUGUUGCAAGAAUCCGUCUGAUGAUGUACAGAGCUUAGACCCGAGUAAAGCCAAGCAAGAGGAGAUCAUUUCUCUCUUCAGACGGAUUCAAGCUUCCAUCUCCAAAGGUGAGGAGUCUCAGGGAACUGAUGAGAAGAAUGGACUUGCAUCUUCUGGGAAUGAGUCGCUGAGUAAAGCUAUUCUUGACGUUCUUGAGAAACCAAGAGAUAAAACUGAUGGAGAUGCUGGUGUAAGGAUAGAGCCACCUAAGAAACAAGUAGCUCGGCCACCGUCUAGUUUUGCCAAGAGAUCUCCUACUAGACCAUCUGCUCCAGGUCAAAGAGGUAAGCUUCCAAUAACAAAGAGCAGUAUGGAAGAAACAGAGAAGGAAGAGAUUGAAACUAUGAAACUUGCAGAGCUCAAAGAAGUUGCAAAGAACAAAGGACUCAAAGGCUACUCAAAGCUAAAGAAGAGUGAGAUUCUCGAGCUACUCAGAUCCUCCUGAUUUUAAAUUUUCAGUCCAAUUUCUCUCUGAUAUGUAAAUUAGAAACAACAGAUACG